CUGGCGGAGCCCAGCGCGCUCGUGCAGCGAGCUCUCGGGCGUGUCCCUCGGCGCUCGUCCGCGUGUCCAGACCGGGUCCGCGCAGUCAUGGCCUCCGGCAACGCCUUCAUCGGAAAGCCCGCCCCGGACUUCACGGCCACCGCCGUGGUGGACGGCGCCUUUAAGGAGGUCAAGCUUUCCGACUACCGAGGGAAGUACGUGGUCCUCUUUUUCUACCCAUUGGACUUCACCUUCGUGUGCCCCACGGAGAUCAUCGCCUUCAGCGAGCAUGCUGAAGACUUCCGAAAGCUGGGUUGCGAGGUCCUGGGCGUCUCUGUCGACUCUCAGUUUACCCAUCUGGCCUGGAUCAACACCCCGCGGAAGGAGGGCGGCUUGGGCCCCCUGAACAUCCCCCUGCUGGCUGAUGUGACCAGAAGCUUGUCCCUUAAUUAUGGCGUGUUGAAAAAGGAUGAAGGCAUCGCCUACAGGGGCCUCUUCAUCAUCGAUGGCAAGGGUGUCCUUCGUCAGAUCACUGUCAACGACUUACCCGUGGGGCGCUCGGUGGAUGAGGCUCUGCGCCUGGUCCAGGCCUUCCAGUACACAGAUGAGCACGGAGAGGUCUGUCCAGCUGGCUGGAAGCCCGGCAGUGAUACCAUCAAGCCCAAUGUGGAAGACAGCAAGGAAUACUUCUCCAAACACAACUAAACUGGCAGACCCGUAGUGAGCUUCUAUGCUUGGGUCCCAUCUGUGCCCCCAUCUGGAUGUCCUAUGCUGGUGCAGAAAAGGGCAGACCCUGGACCCUAAAGCUCCUGUAGUCUAUGAGGGAAAACUGGGAGACUAGGUUAAAGCUUCUUUCUCCCACACCUGGGGAUUUGGUGAAUGGUUGACCACCCCCCUACCCCCUUUUCUGGAGCUUGUGUAGCUGGGCACAGGUCUUUAGAUGACCAAUAAAAGUAUUAGGGACAGAUGUGAA